AUGUCUGUGUCAAAAGAAGCGAUAAGUGUGCGCAGCACGCGUCUCACGAAGGAGAUUUUAGGGCGAAAUGAGGCGGCGUCCAAGGAUGGCCUCAACCGAGAAAAGCUCCUCGACGCCUUUAUUGUGCUCUUCGACGAGUGCAGCAGGGAAAAAGUGAAGCGAUCUGAUCGCAAUGUGGCAGAUUUUCUGACCAAAUACAAACCAGUAGUCGAGCAGACAAAAUUGCUUCGAGUGAGCAUGGAGGAUUUUUCCGUGAAGAGUCUCAUCGGGAAGGGCUACUUUGGCGACGUUCAUUUGGUUGUGGAGAAGAGCACAAAGGAUGUGUACGCAAUGAAGCAGAUCAGCAAGUCUGCCUUGACGGCGUCACAGGUGAAGGAGGAGCGAGAUAUCAUGGCCAUGAGGGCGUCAGAGUGGAUCACGUCCCUUCAGUACGCCUUCCAGGACGCCAGGAAUCUCUACUUGGUCAUGGAAUAUCUUCCAGGCGGAGAUCUGCUCAGUUUGAUGAUCCGCAAUGGGGCAUUUGACGAGGAGACGGCAAGAUUCUAUCUGGCGGAACUCACGCUGGGCCUCAAUGCCCUGCAUCAGAUGGGUUACGUGCAUCGGGACGUGAAGCCAGAGAACAUCCUCGUGGAUCGCUGUGGUCACCUGAAGCUGGCGGAUUUUGGGAAUGCGGCGCUGAUCAAUAAAGACGGAAACGUUAUAAGCUUAUCACCGGUCGGGACGCCAGAUUACAUCGCUCCGGAGCUGUUGAAAGCCCUCACGAGUGCCGGAAAGGGUCAGAAAACCAUCCACGAUGCAUCCUGUGACUUCUGGUCGAUGGGAAUCAUCGGAUACGAGCUGGUGACUGAAGUCACGCCUUUUCAUCACGACAGCGUCAAUGAGACUUACGCUAAGAUUCUCGCGCAUUGCGAGAAAUCAUCAUUCAGACCGAGAUUGACUUAUCCUGAACACUUGGAGACUAGCGAGCCCUUCAGGCAUCUCAUUGAGAAUCUCCUGACAGGGCCGGAGAAUCGCUUGACGCACGCCAGGAUCCUCAAGCAUCCGUUCUUCAGGGAGUUCAUGUGGAGUGGCUUGCGACAGCGAGAGCCUCCGAUCAUACCGACGCUGAAGAGUGACGAUGAUGUGUCGAAUUUCGAGGAUGUGGACAGGAAGAGCAGGAGAAACACAUACUUGACCAAGAGCACUUCGGCGGCGCCGAGGAAUGGAGAGUUUUCCGGGGAGAAUCUUCCAUUUAUCGGCUACUCAUUCAUCCAUGAGGAGGCCUCGGCUGUGCCAGAAGAGCUCCAGCGUCCCACAGAGAAGCAUCACGACGCCAAAGUGAAGGAAAUGACGCGUCUGGGCAAGGCGCAGUGCGAAGAGAUUCGUGUGCUGCAGAACAAACUGAUCAGUGCUGAGAAGAGCAUUGCUGAGAAGGGAUCAGCGGAGAGGAAUCUGAAGGAGGCACGAGCUGAGGUGGUGUCGCUGAAGGAGCAACUGCGGGAGAAGCUGAAGGAAUUGGCAUCGUGCAGGACUGAGGUGAAGACGCUGAAGAGUUCACUGAAGGUUGAGGAAGAUCAGCGCAUUAAGAAUGAGACGACAAUCACUGAGAUCUUGCGGUCGAACAAGAAGAAGUGGGAAAAGAUCAAAAACACUUCUGAUCAAGCGUAUGAGAAGCAAAUUGCGGAAAAGGCAGCUCAAAUAGCGCAUUUGAAUGAGAAAUUGAGUAACAAUGAGGUGGAAUUGAGGGCGAAGAAGACCGAAUGUUUCCAAUUGUUGGACACAAUUGAGAAGUACAGAGAUGUGCAGAAGAAAUCCAAGGAGCAACUGAGCAGCGAUCGCGUGGAAUCUGAGGGAAAGAUGAGGAAUCUGGAGGAAGUUUACGAUAGUAAGAUUCAGGAGUUGAAGAGGAGCUUGAAUGAGGAGAAAAACGCCCAUCGCGAGACGCAAAAGGCUCUCAAGGAGUUCAAGAAGGAUCUGGAGAGUCAUCAAGCUAAGCAGACGAUCCUUCAGGAUGCCAGAAGAGUGUCUGAACGCGUGUCAGUUGAUCUGCGUGAUCGCAUGACGCAGGAGAUUGAGGAGAAUCGGAAGAUGAGAGAGCAGAAAGUGACUCUGGAGAGACAAUUGGAAGAAUUGACGGUGAAGUUUGACGAUCUGGAGAAGGAGAAUCAGAAUCUCCAUGCAGAAAUUGAAAAAUACACAGCCGAGAGUCAUCGUUCCUCCGUCAAUCUCGAUGACAACUUCCGCAGCUGCAAGAGCAGCUUCCAGGACAUUCAUCAGGCUGUUGAGGAGCAAUGGAGAACGGAUUUGGAGCGUGCUAAUGAGCGUGUUGAGGCAGAAAAGAGGCGAGCGGAUGGAUUGGAGGCCAUGACGCAGCGUCUGGAGGCAGUUAUUGCUCGUCUGGAGUCCACAGAUACUGGGAGAAGUGCUCCGAGAGCUAGUAGGAUUGCGGCAGAGGUGGAGAAGGCGAAGAAUGUGGCAGUUGCUGAGCAACAAGCACGCACGGCGAUGUUGUCCAUGUGGAAGCUCGAGAAGGACAAUCAGGAGCUGAAGGGAGAGGCGAAGCUGCAGUCCAGACGUGCAGAGUUGAUGGAGGAGAAGUGUAGGAAGCUUGGGGAGGAGAAAUCCAGGCUGGAGUCGAAGUUGAGAAGUGACGAAGAGAUGCUGGCCAGCAAGAGUAGAGAGAUUGAGCGCAUUCAGAAGGAGAUUGAUCAUCUGCGGGCGUCAGUUGACAAGGAGACUCAGCAUUGGCGCACUUCUGAGCGAGAGUUGAUGGAUCAGAAGAUUCUCGUGGGGAAACAUAUGGCGAGAAUACAGAAGUUGGAGGAGAUUAUUGAGGAUGGCAAGAGGACACUUUGCACACUUCAGCAGGAGAAUAAAUCGCUGAAUGUGGAGAAUAAGAAAAUCAAUCAGGAGAUUUGUCGUGAGCGCGAGGAAGCGCAGCGAAACAAGGACAAGCGUGGUGACAUUCAGGCUGAAUUGGAGAACUUCCAGAUGCAGUAUGGUUAUCUGAAGGAGGCGUGCAACGUGAUGGAAGUCCAACUCACGGAACUGGAGGCAAUGGUGGAUGCUGAGAGGAAGUUAAAUGCUGGCCAGAAGAUUUCCAUGGAUGAGUUGUUGGCGAAAUUGCGUGCUAAGGAGGAGAAUUCGCUGAAACUGAAGCAAAUGAUUCACACUCUGGAGACGGAGAAGCGCGCCGUGGAGGCAAAAUUGCUGCAGAGUCAGAAUGAUCUGGUGGAUGCGAGAGAUCAGCUGGAGAAGGUGUCGUCGGAGUUUACAGCAGCGCAGACGCAUCUCGUGGAGACAACGACUAAUCUCAUUGAUGGUCAGGAGCAGUUGGAGUUGACCAAGAACGAAGUGGAUAAUUUGCAGUUGGUCAGCAGAAGCUACAUGGAUGAGGUGCGCUCGCUGAAGGAGGAGAACACAAGGAUCCUCACGGAUUUGUUCAUGGCCAAGGAGGAGAUUAGUCGCCAGGCGCACGAACUCAGCGAGGCCUCAAUGGAGAUCUCAGAGCAUAAGCAUGAGAUUGAUCAUCUGAACGGGCUUCUGUCUGAGCAGAAGAACUACUAUGUUCAGCGGGACAUAAAGUGUGAAGCAACUCUGGCUCAGCACAAGAAACUCAUUGAUUAUCUGCAGGCAAAAGUGGAACAAUUGCCGCAGAAGAAGAAGAAUCUGCUGGAGAAGCUAUUUGGUGGUUCGGAUUCCCAUCGAAAGGAGAAUGUGACACCAAAUGUGACGCUUCCGAUGACCACGGGGAAGCUGAAGACAACGCAGGAGCAGUUGAAGAAGGCGAGGGAUAGAAAUAGUCAGUUGACAGAGAAAUUGCUGAAGGCAAAGACGGAGAUUCGGUCAAUGAAAGAGCCUUCGGCGCCUGUUUGGGAGGAACCGAAGCAAGCCAGUGAUGUGGAGAGCGAGAAGGAGCAGAGAAAGGAGUUCCAGAAGCGUGAGGAGGAGACACUGUCGCGUCACUCGAGCGGGAAGCGCUCGUACAGGAUGCAUCAUCUGGAGAUGACGAUGGAGGGCACGGAUGAGCCUGGUGUGAAUUGCAUCGUGUGCCAUGAUCCGGUGAUGACCAGCAACACCUUCUGGCGCUGUCGCGUGUGUCGCUGCACUGUGCACAGGAAGUGCAGAGGAAAAGUCACUUCGUCCUGCGACGGAGAGUCGAUUUUGCCACCUCUGGAGGCGAUUGAUGAGGUGGAUGCCAGACCCACUGAACGGGAUGUCUACGAGACAACGACUGGAGACUCUUAUCGCGGGGAGUUGUUGUUCAAGCCCACGGAUUUGUCUCCUCCAGUUCUCGUGCAUUGCAUCUAUGAGGUGAAUGAUGAGACAAUUCUUCUGGGUUGUGAGACUGGACUUUAUUCUCUGCAUCUGCAAGAGAGUCAGCAGUUGAUUCCCAUCGAAGGACUGGAUUGUGUGAAUUAUAUCGCCAUCACACCGACUCUGGCCAAGGUGAUUCUCAUCGGGAAUGGCGGAGAGCAUCUCUAUCAGUGCGAUUUGAGGCAUCUCUUGGCGCGCGGACGUCGUUUGCCGGGAUUGCAGCAGCCGCAGGCGGAGAAACUGGAAGUGUCUGUGCUCAAUUUACCCUUUGCCAAUCGUCAGAGCAACGAACGCUGGCACUUUGCGCGCAUCCGCGGGGAGAAUGAGCGUCUGGACGAGGCGAUCGUGAUCGCCGCGACGACUUCGCGCAUUCUCAUCAUGCGUUUCGACACGGGCAUUGGAAAGUUCAGACCCACGCGCACUUUGGACACGGCUACUCCCGUGACUGGCGUCCUGUUCACACGGCACACGGCCAUCGUGAGCUCAGACAAGUUCUUCGAGAUUGACCUGGACAGCCUGACGGCGGAGGAGUUUGUGGACUUGUCGGAUGCCAGCCUCGCGUCCAGUCGCUCGUGGCAGCCCAUGGCAGCCUUCCAGAUCACUGAGGGUGAGUUUCUGCUGUGCUUCAGCGAGUACGGCGUGUUCACCGAUGAGUACGGAUGUCGCAGUCGUCCGGGAAACAUCUCCUGGACAUACACACCCACAGGAUUCUCCUUCCGCAAUGGCAUCUUGUUCGUGACGCACUACAACAUGAUUCAGGUGAUUCGCAUUCGUCGCUGCUUGCCAAGAGAUGCCUUCGACGUGGAGGACAGUGCUCAGGCGGAGAUGACUGAUGAUCCGAGAUCAUUCAUUGCAUUGCCACGACCGAAGAUCCUCAGCAGUGCCGGAAAGUUGGGAGUUUAUGUGCUCGCGACGGAGAAUGACACGGAGGAGCAGAAGAUGGUUCUGGUGGAUGGUGGAAAGGCUCUGGGGGAAGUUCUUACUGGCUCUCUCGACACUCUCACCACCAUCAGCACGGCGUCCUCCUCGCCGCAGACUUCCUCUUCCGGAUCGCUGAAGAGAGUGAAGAGUUUUGCUGUUUGAGAGUAUUAUUCGCUUGACAAAAUUUUUGUACUUGCCCACAUUAUCUUAUCACUUUGCUUCUUGAAUUGUUAGUACUAUCUAUUUUAUAAUCUUGAUAAUAAAUCUUGAAAU